AUGUUUAAAGCAAUGCAGAUUACAUUACGUUGGGAUAGCAUGAGUAUUGCAUUCGUUGAACGAGGCCGUCAUGUUUCUGAGAUGGUCGUGAUCGGCCUUGGCGUCAAUAUGCGCUUGUUCACCAUUGCGGAAGGCGCUGAAGAACAAGAGCUAGACGUAGAGGUUGUAUUGGGCAAGCAACCAAGGUGGUCUGCAGAGCCUGACGCAAUGUCGCCGCCACAGAUGCUCACGACCCGUGUGAGUCAACUUGAAAGCGGUAUGCAGAAUGUUUGUGCUAUGGUGAACAACAUGAAGUUGGUACUCUCAGUCGAAGAGAUGAAGGAAGCCGUUUCUGUAGCGAGUGACGCUGCUAGUGAGAAAUAUGAAGAACAGCUGAAGGAAAAGGAAGUGGCAGCAAGCUCUGAUGCAGCUCAAGCUGCAACGGCGGGGAUGCGAAAGAAUCUUGAGGAGGUUCCUGUUCACGGUGAAGCCAGCGCAAAAGCACUCGAACAGCUGCGUCAGAAGCUGGAGGAGGUUGUUUGUGAGCACGAGCAACAGUUACAGCGAGUGCAAGACGAGUACAAACAGCAGAUAAAGGUUUGGGAAACUGUGAUUCAGGCUGAGCUCACCGAAGCCCGAUUUAAAAUUGAUUUUCUAGCUGCAGAAUUGACCCGGUCUCAGGCUUCCAUGUAUGAGCUGCAACAGAGAAUUCAGGAAUUGGAAGAUCUUGUGACAAAUCAGAUUAAGAAGAAAAAGUCACUAGAGUAG